AUGUUUUUCAGACGCCGCAUUUAUAGCAUCAUGUGGGAUAAGGAGACCUCAAAAACCAAAAAGCCCGAGGAAACCUCCGUGGAAGGAAAUACCGAAAAUUCCGCCUCAAGAUAUUUCAAAAGAAAUAAUUUAUAUGAAAAUGUUUCGCCGGGAACGGAUACGGUGGUGGUUGCAACGUAUGUUGUCAAUGAUGACGAUGAUUGCGACGACAAUAGAAGAAACGUAACUGAACGCUCAAGGCCUUUGGGAACAGAACAAAAUGAUAUCGAUCAUUUGCUGUCUAUUGUACAAUUAAGUGAUGGACCAUCGACAAGCUCCUCUUCACAUCAAAAUGCUUUACCGAAUAAGGUUCCAUAUUCAGCAAAACUUUCAGAUUUGAAAUCGGUAUUGCUAACAUCAGCAGCAUCGAUGUCGACUGCUGCUAAGGAAAUACCCAAUACGGAGGAGUUAACUGUAGCUAUUGAUAAUGAUGAAUUGCCAAAUAAAAACAAAAAUAUUAAAUCCCAAUCCUCUAUGCAAUCUAAUAAAUCAGCAAAUUCAGUAAAAUAUAGUCCAAUAACAAGAAAACCGAUUCAAAAUGAGAAGGUACCAGAACAGCGAAGUAAACAUGUACCAAGUGAUAAUGUGGCUGGUCCACAAAUACAGAAUUUGUAUGACAAAUCACUUAACUUGUCAACGGAGGAUUUGCAAUCAGUAACCAGAGCAAAUUCAACUGCUUCCGUCGAAGAUCUUACCUCAAUGUCUGAAAAUCGCGCUUGUUCGCCCUCCCCAUCGAGCGUUACCAGUGCAUCGACACUACGUUUCGCAAGAAGUACGAGCGGACGGCGUAUGGAUUGUCUAAGACAUAUGCGACGGCCACCCAAAGAACCCGAAGAGUACCUAGAUGCAUUAUUUCCGCAUAUACGAAAGGCGCAUAACCAAAUUCGUAAAGCAUUAUUGCAUGCACCGCUCACGGAUGUCAAAGAUAACGCAUUGCUUAAGAAAAAAAUGUUGGAGCUAAUUCAAGUCUACACUAGUGGUUGUAAAGAUGAAUUCGAAAGAGUGGGCCCGUCACUGGUGCUCUGUCGUAGACUGAAGCGAAAUAUUAUACGAGUUCUUGAUUUGUUCCAUGAAAUUUGUGCAUCUAGUCGUGAGGAUCAUGCUUAUUUGUAUCACAUAAGCCAACUAAUCGCUGUAUAUACUUCCCUUGAAAUACGUUUGUCUUUUAAUUUGACAAGACUACAGAAAUGUGCGUUAAUUCAUCGCAUAUCGCACAUUAUCAAUAAACAUUUAAUGGUAAAGAAUGAGUCUGUGGCCAAAGAAAAUAUACUUCGUAUGUUCCUACGUAUGCCCGAUACGUAUUCACAACGUUUUAUAAUGGAACCGCUUUUCAACACCUUCUUGCAAGAAAUUCCUACGAGCAGCCAUACAUGGUGUCAAAAAGAAUUGCCAGAUAAGAUAUUUGUGCAAUACAUCAUAAUAUUGCAUAUAUGGAAAGAGAUGCUGCGCGAUCCACUGGAACAAGUCGAACUAAUUAACCGUGCACAGCAUUUUAUGUGUCCAACUAAGACGCUGCAUGCAAAUCCAAUGUACGCCAAUCAUUUACCAACAAUACACACGCGCAAGCAUGCAGUUAAAGAUAUCUUGAAUAGUCUGAAAUUUUUUCAAGAUUUGAGAAAUGCAGCAAUUUGUGAUGAUACAUUGCAUGACGGCGAUGAUGACAUUGAAGUUGUUAUUGAUGAAGUUAUAAACACACCAUUUUGGGAUUUCGGUGCUACCUACACAGGUGACUCGAAACAACCGAGGCAAUUAAACCGUAGAGUAAUAACUGCAGACCCAAGUGAAUGUGUGGAUCUCACACAAGAAGAUGAACAACAGUCGCGAAUUGAUACGCCUUUGGAAUGGCUAACUAAACUCAAAGAGCGAGCAGCAGAGCGUGUGCAAGUUGAUGAGUCGGAAAAAGUGAUUUGCUUAGACUCUGAUUCGGAUGGCGAAUUGUUCUGUGGCAGCAUAUUAGAUCCAUCCGAAUCAUAUCAAGAUUGUGAUGCUGUCGAUACCGAUUACACAAGUCUCGACGGUAGCACAACAGAUGAUAAGGAACUCUCUGAAGAUGAGGUGCUUUCCGGUAAUGGCAUUACGCACAAUGGUCUACGAACGUAUCUUGCGCCUAGAACUAAAAAUCAAAUAAACGUUACAAAUGAGAAGCGCGCAACAGCAUGCGCUACUUUAGUAACCGAUCCUUAUGAAAGAACAAGAGAUUGUGAUGGUGAAGGUGACAGCGCAGCAGUCGGUACGAAAAAGUCGACGGUUGCAACAACUGCCACAAGUGCGGAGUCCACAUUACCGCUCAUUGUUAACUCUUUUACUGUUAGGGGUAAACAGAAUAUGCAUUUGUUGAACUCACCGAGGUUCAGCUUAGAUAUUGGACCGGAACGUUUGGGUAGCGAAGAUAUAGAGUUUCAUGAUACAAGCGAUGACGUACGCGAACUAACUGUAAACUUAAAGGGCACGAAAAAUCAAAAUCAUGUUAAACGUGCUGUGUCUAAUGAGCAUACAGCCAGACUAGCAGCCAGUGUUGGCGGUUAUUAUGAAAAAGAACUGAAUAAUGAUGUUACUGAGGAAGAGGAUGACUAUAAUUCCUUGCCGUCGACAGCAACGUCUUCAACAACAACCCUGGGUAAAGUUAUAUAUACACAGACGUUAAUGAGACCUAGUCAAAACUUUUUAACGGAAUAUGAUGAUGAGCGUGACGACGAUUAUAAUCAUACAGACGGCACAGCGCAAAAUGUUGUGGACGAUGUAGGAACUAAAGCAGACAACAAGAAACAAAUGCUCCUGCUUGGCGAUGACAAACCAGUGAAGAAACAAGUAAAAUUCAACGAUAAUCCCAUCGGCCCGACGCGUCGUCCACACACCAAAUUGCCGAUAAAACCAGCUAUACAUCUGAGUAAAAUCCAAGCCAACAAUCAACAACCUAUUUUCUCCAAUUCACCACAACCACGUUUCUUAUCACCAUCAUCUUCAACCUCUUCCACAACCGAGUCACUCAAGCAAAUGGCACAAAAAGGUAGGAAUUUCGUUGACAUAAUUAAAACAAAACAUAAAUCAAAAAAAUUACUUAAACGUUCAUCCACAAUAAUAAUCGAUUCCGAUGAUGAUGAUGAUGAUGAUAUUGUUUAUCUUAAUACUAGUGCAAAUAAGAACAUGAAUUUAGUUUCUACUCAACCAAUUCCAAGUAAAAACGCCUAUAAAAAACUUAUAACAAAUGAACAAAUGAAUUUACCAAUUUGUAAUAGCAACAACAAUCGAAUGUGUAAAAUGCAAGCGUGUGAUGUUUCUAAUAGCACUACAAUGAUACCAAAUGGGCCAAAAGAUAUUUCAUCAACCAAUAAUAUAAGUAAACAAAGUGUUGACUUUAAACGCAUUUCAGCAAAUGAGGAACGCGUUAAUAACGAUAGGGUUGUUAGUAUUGUAUCCGCAAAUGUAGGUGUUUUAGAGAUGGUUAAACAAGUAGAAAGGGAAGAACAGAAUUCGAAUGUUUCCACAACUACAGGGCCUAAUGUAGAUUCUAACAUUGUAGAUGAAAGUAGCUUAGAUUUAGAGAGUACAUGUGUGGAGGAAGCUUAUAGCGCACAUUCCUUAGAGGUUAUAAGCGGUAGUGAGGUUUGUACGAGUACGAGUACAGAUGCAUUUCUGCAGAGUACUGAGUGUAGGGAAACUAAUAUAAAACAAACUAGUACGUCCCCAGCAACAACAACAGCAAAUCCAGAUUCUGUGACAGUUGUUGAAGAUGUGGUGUUGUUGCCUAACACCAUUGAUAGUAAAAAUUUGAAUACAAGCGCAGCAAUUGCUGAUAAACUGAACCAGCGAAUGGAUGUUGAGAAAGCAUUGAAUGAGUCCGAAUCACUUGGAAAUGACAUGAAUAAUGACAGUGUUUCAAAGCAUAUUACAUGUGAGGGUAAAGGAGAUUUGGACGACAAAUACAAAAGUGAUGUUCAAACAACUGUAGUACAGCUACACCUAGACAGUCAGUGCGCUAACAAAGUUGGAGAUGAAAGUGCACAAGGUACAGAGGUUGAUAAGUGCCAGGACUUAAAUGAAGAAGCAGCAAUUCUUACUGAAAAAAUGCAAAGCGAAAUUGCUGCUGUGAUAAGUAAAGAAACUGUUGACUGCGGGGACGAUAAUGAUUUACAAAACAAGGUCGUUGGCGCGGUAAAGCAUUUAAGCAGCACAGAAAAAAUAAAUGAUGAAAAUAAUUGCAAUGAUUUUGUGACUACAGAAAUUGUUACUGAAAUCACCGAAACGCUUAAUAAACAAUCAAAACAACAGAACGAGUUUAAAGAAACUUUUGGAACUUCUGGAACCAUUGAAGCAAAUUUAGAUAAGAGUUUGCAGGAAACUCAAUCUAGUAGACAAAUAGUAUCGGAUGGGUUAGAAUUGAUAAUUACUGUAAACACUGAAAAUAAUGUUCCAACAAAAGAAUUAAACAAAAAUAUUGUUGAAAAAUCAGACAUACCUACAGUUGCAACUGAAGAGUGUCUUACUGAAAAACAAGUGCUUGAAGAACCGACGCUGCGAGACACUAGUAAUACUACUUUAGAUUCAAAAGUAAUUAUAACGGUUAAUACUGUUACUUUAAGUCCGCAAAGUGAAAAUAAUAUGAUGGAAAAAAUUCUCACAAGUAUUGAAGAACUUAAUGUGGAAGAAGAGGCCACUCAUCAACCGGCUGAAAAUGAAAUAAAUGAGGCACAUAACCCAACAAAGGCAGCUCAAGAAACUGCUAUGGAGCUUGACAGUGCAGCAGUGACGGAAUUAAAUGUUGAUGUAACUAAUUUGAGAAUAGAGAGUUCAACAAUACAAGCAAUAACAGCUGCUAAUCUAAACGAAAAUAAUAUAGAAACCACUAGCGUGGCGAAAAAUCCUGUAGUUGCAGUGCACGCUACCGAUAAUUUAAAUGAGUGCCAAAUGACUACUACUGAAGCAGAACAGAAAAUUAACAUCAAUAUUGAUUUGGAAGCUUUAAAGAAUGGAAAAUGUAUGACAAAUCAAAUAGAAAUGAAGAAAGGCUUAGAAACCGUACGAAAUAAUAUUGACGCGAAAAUAUCUAUGGAUCUAAGUGAGCCAAUAGCAGUUCCUACGGAAAUAUUUAAUGCAACAAUUGCAAAAAGUGAUGGUCUUGUCCGUUUAGUCGAGGCGGUUAAAGCGGUUGAAGCAUUGACUUUCACAAAACAAAUAACUGAAUAUAUAGUACCUGCUGAUAGUGGCCAAAACGUACAAGAAAAUCGUGGCGAAAAUGAAACAGCAACAGAUCAAAAUUCCAAAAAUGUACUCACAAUUGCAACGAAUUUGAAUUUAUCAACAGCUACGCUUGAGAGCACAAAAACCAAUGAUAAUUUAACUGGGAAAGCUUUGCAAACACUUGAAAAUAGUUUAGAGAAAACCGAUACACACUGUACACUGCUAAAACCGAAAGAUAUUGUAUCUAAUAACAGUUAUUUUAGUGGUGAUAAAAGUCCUAAAACGAAUUUGGAACGGCUCGCCGAAGCUGCAGUGCAGAAAUAUGGCGAACAUGUGGCCGAUCGCGAAACUUGCAGUGUGGCGCAUAUGAAAGCGGAAUGCAAUAAGCUGGCAGAUGAGUCGCUUGCUGUUGAAAAUAUUGAUAAGAAAUCGUGUGAAAUGGAUAAACUACAGACCGAUAUUAUUGGGGGUGCUAUUGGCACUGAUAGUGGCAAUAUUGAAAAUAAUCACGAUGUAAAGAAAAUAGCUGAAAGCGAGUCAACAACUAUUGAAUUAAAUAUUACCAAAUUGCAAGCUGAUCAACAGCAGAUAGCUUGCCAAGAACAACCGAAAUCAACUGCUAUUGUCAUUGAUAACAUUCAUAUCUCGCAACCCGUCGAUUAUGAUAUGCAUAUAGUUAAUUUGAGCGACGAUAAUGGCAUAGGAAUGCAAGAUUACUGCAUGUUCAAUGCUAUAACUCCACAAGCAGAUAUCUCCAAAAGUCAAGAAUACGGAAUUUGCGACAAUAUUCCCGAAAUAGCAACAAAAAAAUCUACUAAUGUAUCGACUUUUCAUUCACAUUUUGAAAGUUUCUUAAGUACACUAAAAACGAAUGAAGAAAGGAAAUGUGAAGUAAAAGAACAGCGUAGAUCACCAAGAACUCAAAAACUUUACGCUACAACCGAGAUCUCACCACCAACUAGCGAAAAUCUAAAAACUGUCGUAUCUGAAAAAAUAGAUAGCUCAUCCCGCCAUAAUGCAAUAAAAAAGGUGUUAUCCAAAAGCAAUGAGGAUUUAGUAACAAAUGAAGUCACUGACUCAAAAUCACAGGCUCAACCUAGCCCAACACUCUCUGCGUCUACGGAUAGUGAGUUUUCCAACGUUGAAUUAAGAAAAGGUUAUAGUUUGCGAAAAUCGGAACAAUGGAAAGUGGUAAAAAAUACAAGUUUACGUGCUUCACCACCUGGAAACCAGGCUGAAUGCCUAGAUACUAGAAAGUCUGUUAAUCCAAUACCUACACCAAAGCGCUGUAUAAAAAUACGCUUAGCUAGAGCUAAAGUACCAACAAUGGCCGAGCGAAAGGCACAACCAAUAAGCGCAGAAGAAACUGAGGCAAAUAUAGAAAUGCAAUUCGGUGAUGUCUCACAUCGUCCGAUAACAAGAAGACUUGCAGCCGCGCUCAAUUCCAGUCUACAGAUGGUAACAGAGAAUGCCGUUAUCGAACCAAUUAAAUCGUUUGCGCGUGGAAAGAAAUCGAAAUCCAAAUUGGCAGAAAAUACGUCAAUGAAGCGCCGAAAAUAUGAAAAUUUGGUAAGCACUCAGCGACAAAACGAAAGAGUUAAUAAAGCAGCAACUGCGAAAGAGACCAUAUUGCAUAUUGAAGCUAUAUCUUCUAAUGUGAAAGACAAAAGAAAGCAUUGUGCUUUGGAAUUAAUACAAAAGUCGCAUACAGAACCGCGCGAUGCUGUCACAAUAGAACAAAUUGGUCAUAUUGGCAAUAAUGAAACGUCUUCAGAUGAUUGCACCGGGUUUCCUGAAGAAAUUGCGGCAAAGCGUAUGAAAAUUAAAAAACGUCAAGCUGUUAUGAAAAAUGUUGUCACUGAAACUGUGACAACCAUGCAAAAUGCUGACAUUACUUUUGAGACGGUAUUCGUAAAACCAACCAAAGCGAUCCAAAAUUCAAAACCUAAAAACUUGAGUGCAACCAAAGCAAUUGAAGCGCGAUCUAUUGAGGAAACAGAAACACUUAUAAUCUUAAAUAAUACAGAACGUUUGCAUGAUGAAGAUGUACUGGAUUACAAGCCCACAGUUGAAGUUACAAUGCAAGAGCAAAAAGUAGAGAGUGAUAAAAUUCAAGAGCAAGCCACAACCAAUGUAUUGAGUACUACAUGCACCUCACAAAACACUAUUGAAGCUGACAGUAUACAGCUCACAGAAAAACCCGAGUUAGAUAACAACGGCGAAUUGUCCGGAGAGCCCAAAGUUCGAAUGGAUGGAAUAGAUGAUCCAACAGGAUGCAAUGAACAAGGGUCUGUUGCAAUAGCGGAUAAUAGUAAAAACUCGGAUAACACAAUUAUCUGGAAUGGAUUAAGAGUUUUAGAGGAAAAUUGUAGUGAAGCAAGUGGAGAGAUUUUGAAUAAAAAAUCAGCUGUUAUCUCGCAAAAUAACACGGUAAGAGUUGAAACGGAUGAACUUAUAAACAAAAGUUGUGCUGAAACAAGUGUUUAUAUUAGGGAAUCAGUUCUCAGAACUCCUAACCACAUAACUCCCUCCGACAAGAGUUCCUCGAUCGGCGAGUCUGAGGUUGCAAGUGAAGUGUUGGGUUUAGUUAAAAAUAAAACAAUCAAUGCAGAGCAAGCAAAAGUAGAGAGCACAGAGAAAACAAGCGUAUCGGUUUCGAUAGAAGAAACAACAAAUAAAGUGGAUAGUAAAACAGAAGUUUUGAUUAGAGAGUCAGUUUCCAACACACCAGAUGAUGAAAGACACCUUAUUGAAAGUUCUUCAACAUUUGAUGUAAAUGACACAAGCGCAUUGGUUUUAGAUGAAGAAAUUAAAGGUGAUUUUGUGGAAACUAAUGAUUCGGAGAAAACUAUAACAGCAGAAACAGGUAUGAGUGUUUUAGAAGAAGAUAUAAACAAAAGUUGCACUGAAAAGAGGGUUGUUAUCGGAGAAACAGGCUUGAACACUCAAGCUGGUGUAACAACUCUCGACGAAAGUUCUUUCAGAGAACAUUCCGGGGAAAUAAAUGUAUCAAAUGUAGAUGAAAGUGUUUCGAGAGAGGCUGUAAAAACAGCCACUUUAACUGCAGAAACCGGUAUGAGUGUUUUAGAAGAAGAUAUAAACAAAAGUUGCACAGAAAAAAUAGUUGUUAUUGGAGGAACAGUCUUGAACACUCAAGCUGGUGUAACAACUCUCGACGAAAGUUCUUCCACAAACAAUCCCGAGGAUAAAAAUGUAUCAAAUGUAGACGAAAGUGUUUCGGGAGAGGCUCCAAAAGCAGCCGAAAAUGCUUUUACAACUGCACCGAUUUUAGAAGAAAUUAUAAAUAAAGAUAAUACUCUGACAAAUGAUAUUAUUACGGACACAGUUUACAAAGCUCCAGAGCGUCUAACACAUAACGAUGAUAUUUCUUCGAAACAUGAUACAAAAGAAGCAAUUGGAUUAUAUUUAGAUGGAGAAAUUCAAAAACAAUUGCUGAAAACUAGUGAUUCACAGGAACCUUUAACAACUGAAACUAGCGUAAGCGAUUUAGAGCAAGAUAUAAACAAUAGUUGUGCUGUAGAAACGCGUAACGAAUUAGUAACGCCAACAAAACCAAUUCUAUUAACUAAUGAGCUCGAGUCCGCGCCAAUUACCUACCGUGAAGACGCUGAUACAUUACCAGAAAACAAUGAAGCGCCGCCACUAAUAGAUAUAUCUAACUUCACAAGUUUAACACUAGAUACUAAAACCGUUAGGGAUUUCCGAGAUGUUUCCGAAUUUCUGGAUGAAGAUACGAAUAUUAAUUUGCGCAUUUCACACAUACAAAUUGCCGAGAAAAGUGAAUAUCUGAAUGAAACAGAGUCUAUAAAUACUCUGAAGACCAAUAUGGAAGUUGAUAAAUUACUAGAAGAGUAUAAUCAUUCGGCGCGUUUAAUUGCGAGUGCUAAUUUAAAAAUACCGACGGCCAUGCAAACGCCAACCGAUGGACGCACGCCGGCCUGCAGUAGCGUUACAUUUAGUUUCACGGCCAGCGACAGUUCGAGUUCAUUCACGCACAGUUGUUCCUGCAGUACCACAUCAACGGUGAACUCAGCAACAGAUUUGUAUAAAAACGAACCAACGAGCUUCAAAGUAGUGCAAUCGCAGGCGCAGGUGGUCGAACUACUCUCCAGCACGAAUACAAGUUUUCAGGAACUAUCACUAUUGGAUUUAGAUCAUGAUGUUAUUAUGAGCAAUGACGAUUUGCUGUCCGAAUUAAUACCGACUACUAUGAUGGAUACAAUGACGGCGACUAGUUUGGAGCAUAAUUAUGCUAUAAAACCGUUUGAAACAGCCAUAAGAAAUGAGUAUGAUAUACAAAGCGAAGAUAAUGGGAAUACAGAAGAAGAAGAACUGCUUAAUACUAAUAAUAAUGAAAUACCGCUGCAAGUACCAAGUUUGAAAGUCUCGAUACCAAUCGCGUUUAUAAAAAGAUUUGAGGAGUUAACGGAUAAUCGUACUAAAAAUUGGUAUCUAACUGAAAAACCGACAACAUCUAAAGCGGCUAUGGCGGCAUUAGCGAAGAGAAAUGCUCAUUUUAAAACUGAUAUUGUGCACAUUCUUAAUUCCAACAGUGUUUCAAGGCCUAACCAAAUCACAGAACCGACGUUUACUGAAAGUCUAGAAAACAAGCAAGACAUUGCCACGACAGAUAGUGCAGUAACUCAACAAUUACUUGCUGGUGAUAGUUGCAGUCCACUGCCUAGUUUACCACUAAAGAAGCGCAGAAAUAUCUCUGGUGUUUUGGAAGAAGAUUUCUGUAGUGCUUCAGUAAUGCUGUCAGAUGAUAGUGAUCUUGUAACGUUGAUAUCACAGGGGAGCAGGUCAAAUGAAUCAAAAAAUUUAUCAGUUGUGACUACUCAAAUCGAUGAGAAUAAGCAAAUCGAAUUUGACAAUACGUCGGCAGAAGUGGAAACAGUAAUUGUGCAGCAAACAGCUAUAGAGAAACAGACAGAUUGUCAAUACGAAACAAACGACGAAAUAGUAACGGAAACUAAACAAGACAUUAGAGAAAAUAUAAUUGCUGAUAUUGAAAAUACGGGAGCAAGUAAUGAAGAUAUGGCCAGUGGUCAGGAGCUAGUAAGAUAUCAGCAAAAAGAACUCAUACUUCAGCUCGAAACCGAAAAAAUUCAAAUGUCUGAAAAUUCAGUAACAGAUCAACAGAGUCGUGCUAUAAAUGAUAUAACAGACGAAAGUGCUGUGCAGGAAGUGCAAAAGGAUCGGACAAUAAAUAACACAACACCAAUAGCUCAAGAUUUUACAGAUGGGACAACAUUGCUGUUAGACCAACAGAACAGGAUUGCAGAUAAGACUGAAACGGAUGAAACUGUAACAAACAUAGAAUUUCAAGAGAUUAUGCAGCAAAAUGAUACUGAAACAGAAUGUCAAGAGACUAUGCAGCAAAAUGAUACUGAAGCAGAAUUUCAAGGGGCUCCAGCGCAAAAUGAUACUGAAACAGCCAGAAAUGAAAAUCAAAUUGAGAAUGUAAUUCCAUCAGAAAAUCUGAAUGACAGUGAAAUGACACCAGUUCAGCAUACUUUUGUGCCCGAACAGCAAGACUUUGCAUUAAAUGAAACAUGUCAUGCAGAGGAUUUUAAGGAUGCAACGGCAACAGGUUUAUUAGAUGAUGCUAAAAGCAUUGCCGUUUUUAAGGAAAUUCAGGAGUUAAUGACUAUUCAACAAAUUCAUUGUAAAGAUAAUACAUUGGAGAGUUUCAACGAUCGUGCAAAUGAGGUUAUACUAUCAAGCUAUGAAGAUCAAUUCCUUGUUACGGUUUGUUUGAAUGAGGCUGACACAGUUAGUGGUUUCGAGGCAACUAAUAACUACUUUACAUCGAAGGAAUAUGCAGAAAAUGAUUUUGAUAUCGGAAAUGAUGUCAUAAUCAGUACACAGGAAAUUAAAGAAGAAUCUACAGAAUUCAUGAGUAAUUUAAAUUCACCGAAAAAUAGUCCAAUCAAUUUAACUAAGCCUCUAUCCACCAACGCAGUUGAUUUGAAUACGCCUAUCAUAAAACAAAAUGAAUUUUUCAAAUUUACAAGCGAUUCUACACAUUCUUUAGCACCAACAAACUCAACAAAUUUUCAAUUAUUUACAAUGCCAAAUAAUGAGAUCGUGACUACAGAUUUGAACGUUAAUAAUAUGACACAAAUCACCAAUUGUGAUCUUAACCUAGACCAAGCAGAGCCGGGAGAUAGCAAAAAUCUUGUAGAUAUGUCGCAAAUGGAUGAACUCAGUUUUGGAGAACAUGAAACACUACAGACCACACAAUUACCUCAGCCUAUCGAACAAAUGGAUCAAUUAGAAUAUAACAAUUUUGCUCAGUCACAAAUACACAACGCAAUAACCGAUACAUGCACAACAGACACGUUUGUAGGCGUGGCCACAUCACUAAAAAUAAGCACAAAUGCUGAACAAACUGAAAAUGUGCGGGAGACUCACUCAACGGUGACACCAACAAUCAAAAUAUGCUCAACGAAUAAAUCGAAACCCAAGGAAGAUAAUGAUAUCGUAGCAAUGCCCACUAUUUUAGCGCAGUCCGAACAUUUGACAAAGCCAUCAACUUUAUCACCAGUUCUACCGUUAAUUAAACCAACUACAACAACAAUUAAUACGAUUUAUGAGAAAUCAAAUACAAUAUUUAGUUUUUCAGAUAUUGAAACUGAGACAACUUUAGCACAAAAUUUUGUGUCCGCAAACAAUUUUGCAACAACUACAACAGCUAGUAUAGCCGAUAAUUGUACAACAACAACACUGCGUACAGAUGUUGACAAAUCACCAACAACUCAGCCAAGUCAAAGCUCCAUCUCACAAUUGCAAACGCCAACAACGCCACGCAAUAGUACUCAAAGUACAAUACGCGCACGUGCACCUGCGCGUGUGCAAAUCGUUACGCCGCAACGCAAGAAUCGCGAUAUUGCGCCAAAAACCAGCGAAGAAGAAGCGAAAACGCCGAACAUUAUCUUUACGAAUACAACAACAUCUUACUGCAAUUCGGUGGAAUUUGAUAUGUCCCAAGUGGCGGCCACAAUACCAGUUGACUAUGCCACUACGCCACCGCGUUACGCGAAUCUCUUCCAAUUCGAGAAGUACAUACAAAAAUUAAUGACACUCAUCGAUGUGCCCGGCAUCGUAGACUCGGCACGAAAUCUAUUUGUGGAUAAGCAAGCCUUAGCCGAAGCGCACGCGGCCUUACUCGCACAAGCCACACAGUUCGAUGAUGAGGGCAAUGCUAUAUCGGAACCGCUGCUACUAAAAUAUCACAAAGACGGCACUAUAUCGAUACUGAAUGACAAUGACGAAUGCAUUAUAUUGACGGCGAAUAUGUCGAAAAUGGUGAAAAGCCUUUCGUUGGCCUUAAGCAUUUUACAGGAGCAGCAGUCGCCCGUAUUGGGUAUGCGUGCACGCAUCCAUGCGUUGCUCAAGCAAUUGACACAAACAAACACAACAGCAAAGACGGCACAUUUUGCACCAAACAUCAUCAAUUCAACGGUUAUACCAACAGCAGUGGUGAAUCCCACCAAUUUGGUGGAUAAUAGUCGUGACCUUGACAUGCCCGCAUCUAAUGCUAUGGCAUACGGUAGUGAUAUUGGUGGAGAAAUCAGACAGCAGGUGCAGCCACCGCUUGAAGUUCUCAAUGCAAAUCUACAAAAUUUACAAUUGUAUGCCACAAAUUGGCAGAAUAUCGAAGAUAACGGCUUAAUAACGAGCAUACCAAAUGCGGAUCUGGAUGCGCUGCCAUUUGCAGCAGAUGACGCUGCUACCAAUUAUGAGCAUGCAGUCUCUUUCAAUUUUGAUGAACCUGUCGCUAUACUCCCCUCAAAUGAAAAUACAAAUGCAACACGCUUUGAAAAUGCCUUUCAUGCAACUUUAGAGCGCACAGUCGAGGAAAAUUGUACUAAGCCAGCGCAGAAUAGGUUUGUACACUGGCAACAUGAGAGAGCAUCGGCUAACAAUGUGAGCGCCAGUGCAACGCACAUACCGCCGUCCUGUACAGAUGUUGUAUAUGAGCAAAAUGUUAACGGUGCGCAUGAAAAUGUUGCAACUGGCUGUAUGGACGUGAAUAAUGAUAAUUUACAUGUAGUAAUGAGUGAUCACAGGCUUGACACUCUAAUGGAACCUUAUGCUAUGGCGAGUAAUAAAGCGCAUGUCAUCUCUGAGGUUGGCAGUAAACGCUUAGCAACAGUGUCGCCGAAGGGAGAGAAAACUAAAAAGACUGUAUAUCACACGAGGGAUGAUAAUAAUCAGCAUGCGCGUACACAAAGUACACACCGAAAGUCCACGGCGCAAAGUAGUCCCAAAAAGUUGCCAACUAAAAGAGUAGAAAAAGUGCCGAAAGCUCAGUGUCUAACAGCAAGUGUAGCAGUCACACCGCCGCAAGAGCAUACACGAAACGCAACUAAUAGUAAAGCACGUAGCAUGCCACAGAGUAACUCAACGGUGCCUAGAACAACGCAUACGAUUCAUUAUCGUCACAUGCCACAGCCGACAGUGACGGCGAGUAUGGAAUAUAAACCAAGCGCCACAUUGCACUACAAGCAGCCAGUACCGCGGCAACAGCAGCAACAACAACAACGCAUUGCUAGUCUGCAAAUGCCGAUACACUAUGUUGCAAGUAAUGCAAAUCACUUACCACCGGCCAUGCCACAUAUAAGCCUUGAGAAUGACAGUAGUUUGCCAUUAUUCGCGCAACAAUACGCACAGCAUUCGACACUUUCCGGUGGUGUUGGCCUAUUGCAUAACAAUAAUAUUCGAUAUUUACUAGCAACGCCACAUACGCGUGAUAGAAAUGUGAUAGCAGAUUCACCAGAAAUACUGGCGCAAUAUCCUCAAUAUCAGCUGCAGGCCCUGCACACACCGCCGAAUUUCGCCGAUAACUUGAAAUUAAAUGAACUUCAGCUGCAAUCUAUAAUCAGAAAUGCAACGCAUGGCGAAAUUGUCGGCGAUAGAGGGAGUACAGCUGUUGCAGAUGUUGCUGCCGCACCAGCAACUACCACAAACGUGUUGCGCAGUUUUCGUAGUGCUUUGCGUACAUCAACUGUCAAUACACCGAAGACUGAUAGUACACCGAGCUUUAACAAUGAUACCCACACAACUGCCGCGGAAACGUUAUUAACAACACAACAACAACAGCAACAUCAACAACAUACAGAGCAUCAGCAGCAGCACCCAAUACCAUUUGUACAACCCACAAGUGCGUUAAUAAUCAGUAGUAUGCAACAAAAACAAGAAGCAGAACUAGAGAGCUUACGACAGGAGCUAGCUAAACGUGACACACAGCUGCAAACUGAUUUGCAUUUGCCAUUAGUACAACACGAGUCACGUGGUCCACCAAAAGUGGAACGCAAUCACGGAAUGUAUACGACAAUAACACCAAUUUCAUCGGUGCAAACUAAACACCAACAGCAUAGUGAUGAGCGUGAAAUACUGCUCUCACCACAACAGCGCACACAUACUCACAGUACAAUCGCAAAUAAUCCAAAAGCACCAAUUUCGCCCAGCACACAAGCGAAUGUCUCGCGUAAACGUGGACGCCCGCGAAAGUAUAAUUUAGGUGAUGACAUGCUUGUAGCCACCUCCGAUUUGCUGCAGCAGCAGAGCGUUGGCGAAACAGCGCAAAAAUAUGCGAAAAUGCAUGAAAGUCCUUGCAAAAAGCGAGAAGAUGCCAGCGCUCGUCAUAAGCAACAUGCACAUGCAAAAAUACGUCAAAUAUUACCAACAGCACAGCACUUGUCAAAUAUUAAAACACAUGACGCUACAACACUACCAGCAUCAACACUUACAAAGGCAACGCCAUCAGAACUAAGACCAUCAUUUACUAGCGCUGCAAAUGCAUUUCAUUUGAUUGAACAUAUGGUUGAAACCAUUAGUCCGCAAAAUCAAGACAAAUCAACUGCAAUUGACCAGCAGCAACAACCACAACAAGCGUCACAUCUACUGCACCAACAACUGCCUCAAAUACAAACAUCGUCGACAAACAGUCCGCUAGUAGAUCAGGGCAAUGUAUGAUAUACGUGUUUCCACGAAGAGUUAUUCAAUAAUACUUUUCGUUUUGUGGAUAUUUAAUUAACUCGUUUUGGCACUUUUAUGUUUCGCACAUUAGGCGGUUAUCGUCUUUUUAGUACAUUGUUUUCAACUUUAGGGGCGCUUUCUUAAAGCAGCUUACAUUUUUUCUGUAAGCAUCUGCAAUGUGGUGAAACCUUACAAUUUAUGGAAAUUGCAAUUCUAUCCAACUUGUGCGCUUUAUGAAUGAGUUGUCUAAGUUUUAUAUUGUUAAUGAAUGCAUUUCAGUUCCUAGCCUGACUGAAGUACUUUUUAACAUUUACAUAUACUAUAUAUUUGUCAAUGCAGCUUUUGAUAUUAUUAUUAUUUAACAUUUUUACUCUUUUCUAAAUAGUUUUUAUACAUAAUAUAAUUUAUUUCUAUCUGUCGGUGUAAUUUUUCCUUAUUUUGCCAGUUCAAUAGUGGCUAAAAAGCCCCUUGCUACAUAAACGUAUUUAGCAAUUACCCCUUGGAAUUCAAAGAGUCUCUUUGUGGCAAUAAAUUUCAUUUAUUUGCGAAAAUACACAAUUUUAAUUUAAUACCUCAUAUUAUAUAUGUAUAAUCAUUAAGCACUUUCAAAUUUAUGUUGUAAUAUUUAACAUUUUUAAUAUAAGCAUAUGACGAAUUCUCGAGAAAAAAAAACGAAAUAAUGGUGAAGAAUUAAGUUUAGAAUUUAUAAAAAUAAUUUUUUUAUAUAUAUUUUUUUUUUAUUUUUCGUGCAUAUUUGCGUUUAACUUACCUUUGCCUUAUAAUCUUUCACUCUCUAUUUCUCUCUUAACGGGUUAGGGGUAGUCAGAGACACCAAAAAAAAAUUAGAAAAAAAUAAUAUGGCAUUAUUACACGAUGUUUUGACUUGAAGUCACAAAAAAUUUGAAAGAAAAUUAUAAUUUCUAAAGUUAUAGCUGUGUGUAUUGACCCAGGACCAAAAAGAGGUCCUUGUGGUGACAGUCACAAGUCUUUGGAGAUUCAUCUAAAAUCAAUCGGAUAAGAAAAAUUAGUUUUAUAAAUAGAUAAUCCUGGGCCUGAUCGAAGCUAUUUUGUGUUUGUUUCCAAAAUUAACAAAAUGGUCUCAAGAAUUUUUUUUUCUAAAUUUUCGGUCUUAAAAAAUCGAAAUUUUUGAAAAACAAAAAAGCUUCGAUCAGGCCCUGUAUUAUUUUGUAUUCUAAAAGCUGUAUAAACUUAAUUAAAAUCUACUGAGCGCUUUUCGAGUUACAGUUGUCAACAAUUCAAAAAACGAAGUUUUGAGAAAAAGGCAUUUAAAGUUUCACACUAGUGUGUUGGAGUGUCCGUGCGCUCUUUGCCGAAUAACUCGAAAAGUAAUUAUCGGAUCAACUUAAAAUUUUCAGAAAAUAUUUGUAAGAUAUUACACUUAACGAAAAUGCAAAAAAAAAAAACAAAGAAAAUUAUUUUUGAAAAUCCGGACUACCCCUAACCCCUUAACUGAGUAAUAAUAAAACAAUAUAAAAAAAUGUACCACCACUUCUCAACCCAGUGUGUUCCUAAUGUAGCAAGAACAUUUUUCCUUAAUGCUUAAAUAUUAAAAAAAAGAUUAUUUAAAUCAAUCUCUCUCCAAGCGUUAAGACACAUAUAACCUUGGAAAAUACAAAAAUUUACUAAUUUUAUGAUUAGAAAAAAACAUUAAUAAUUUCUAAAAUAAAUUUUCAAUUCAAUGCAACUAAAAUUAGUUUAGUUAGAAUUAUAUAUCUAUGUUUCUUACACACUUUGGAAACAACAACAACAACGCUCAUUUUGUACUUAAUAUUUUUAUAUGCUUAUAUUAUAAAUAGUUUGUACUAUUCCACUUUCAUACACGUUAAUCUGAAUACGCGUGCAGCUGUAUUAAUUAAAAAAUAUUAAUAAUAUAUUUUAAUUAGUAGAGUAGAGUUAGAAAACAUUAUUAAAAAUGUGCUGUGCAACAUUUUGUCAGUAUAGUAAAAUUUGUACGUACAUUUAACGAUUAAAGUAUUUACGAUUUAAUUUGUUAUUCUUUUUAAGUAAUUUUGAAUUUUUUAUUCAUUUGUAAUAAACAUUAACGCCACAUUUUUUUCAUAUAUUGUUAUAUACACACUAGAGUUUAAGCUAAUUAGCACGAUUUUUAUAGUGAAAUCACGCGGUAUUUUACACAUAAAGAUAGCUAAUUUUGUAUUGAAAUCGAGUAAUAAUGUAAUUGUUUGUGAAGUUUUAUAAAGAAAUUAGUUCAAGUUAUACUUAAAAUUAUAUGUAAAAUGUAGAAGCUUUAAUUUUUCGAAUACGCAUUAGGUUAAUUUGUUAUAUGCAUAUUAAUUGAGUAGUAGAUCAAAGCAUAAUAGCCUUUUCGCACAAGAGUUAAUUGAUGAAUUAACCGGCCUUUGUUCGAUUAAAGCACUGAUUUAGAUCGAUCAAUCAGCUGAUGAAACUAACCAACUUCUUAUGAAAAGCAAAAACAAAAAUGUGUAACAGCUGUUCGUUUAUAGAGUAGGGCAGUGCGAAGGGCAGAAACUGGUUUCUCAAUUAAAAAUUUAAUUGAUCAAUUAAUUUAGCCGUGCGAAAAGGCUAUAAGACCAAAAUUUAGACAAUUGUAUUAAUAACACGCAAGUAAAAGAGUGCAAUUCAAAUUUUGCAUUGAGAUUAUAAAUUUUAUUUUGGGUAUUACAAUGGUGUAUGCAUAGAUAGAUAUGUAUAUAAAAUAUAAAAAAAUAUUUAUGCAUUCCCAAUGGCUAAAUGCAAAUUUCAAAAUCUGUUUGAAAGAAAUUAAGCGCUUGUGUGCCACCAAUAUUACGUCACAACCGCUUACUAUAUAAAGUAAUAGCUGUCUACAAUCAACUCACCUGCGAAUUGGAUAAAACAUGCAUUAAACUCUCAACCGAACUACAAUCAACACUCAAUAUCUUCAAUCAACUAUCAACAAACAAUAUUCAACAAUUCAAAUUCAACUAUGAGGACGUUUAUAAACUAUUGAUAAUUAAUUUCUUAAUUGCUUAGAGUACUAUACCUCGUACAAGGCAUCCAAGCUUCGUUUACAAUGCAUUACAAAAAUUACAUAUUAACUGCACAUGCUGUUGUGACUACCUAUUUUUUUUAAAGAAUCGUACAUAUAUAUUUUUAUAUUUUCUUACAUACAUACAUACAUAAAUAUGUAUAACGGCAAGCAUUCUGUUUAAGGCAACUAUCUGAAACUGAUAAGAUUGAUUUUUGUAUAAAUGUUCAUAAAUAAUCAUUAAAGUUAGUAGAAAAUAUUAAUAUAUUAGUUAUAAUUACUGCGAUAUCAAAACGCUUUCCUUCUUAUAUUUAACUGGGCAAACUAUCAAAAAAAUACAAAAACAAAAAAAAAACUACUCUACCCUGUUCUAUGCAGAACGCCAAUCUGUAUUGCCUACAACUAUACAUCGUACACCUGAGCAUAUCAACGCAAUCCCAACACUGUUUAGCGGUUAUAAAAUCACGAAACCACCACUGACCGGUGGCGCUGCAGCGCGCAAUGCAGGCAACAGCAGCAACAACACCACACUUGUAAAAAAAUCCAAAUACAAAGCUGGACC